CUCAUUUUCAACAGCAAAAUCUGUUUUUUCUAACUGUUUUCUCAUCUCUUCAUUAAAAGAAAAAGAGCUUUAAAAGAUACAUAAAGCCCUUUGUCCAUGGAAACCACCCCAUAAUUCUCUCUGACUUUCUCUUCUCUUUUUCUUUUUUUCAACAUUUUCCCAUUUUUUUAAAGAAAAAAGAUGAAGCUUUCACUUGUCAGAUACGGUGCUUUCUUGUUCACUCCAAUGGCUAUGAGUUCAUCAAGAAGGGCUUUUUCUUCUUCUUCUUAUUCUUCUUAUGGCUCCAUUGCCAACUGGGAAGGUGGGGUCUCGAUGGUUCAAGGAGCCUCUAGAGGAAUUGGACUUCAAUUCGUUAAACAACUUUUGGAAAAGGAUGAGAAAGGCCAUGUCAUUGCUACUUGUCGAAAUCCUGAUGGAGCAACAGGACUUCUUGAUUUGAAAAAUAAAUUUGAUGAACGCCUCAACAUUCAACAGCUGGACUUAACCAUUGAAAGUUCCAUAGAGGCAUCUGCAACUGCCAUAAGAGAAAAAUAUGGUUCUUUGAACCUUCUCAUUAAUGCCUCAGGCAUCCUCUCGAUACCAAAUUUGCUGCAACCAGAAACAACCUUGAACAAAGUAGAGAAAUCGUCGUUGAUGCUUGCUUAUGAGGUCAAUGCUGUGGGUCCAAUUCUAGUGAUCAAGCAUAUGUGGCCUCUUUUGAAAGCUGGAGGAGGCUCAGGCACCCAAAGGGAUGUUGCAGUUGUAGCCAAUUUAAGUGCCAGGGUUGGAUCCAUUGGAGAUAAUCGCCUAGGUGGCUGGCACUCUUAUCGGUCUUCAAAGGCUGCCUUAAAUCAGUUGACGAAAACUGUGUCUGUGGAGCUUGCACGUAAGAGGGAUCCGGUUAUAUGCAUUCUUUUGCACCCAGGCACAGUGGACACUGACCUCUCUAGGCCAUUUCAGAGGAAUGUUCCUGAAGGCAAGCUCUUCACCAAAGAGUUCUCAGUUCAGAAGCUUUUAAACAUUAUCAACAAUGCAAGGAGCCAAGAUAAUGGAAAGUUCUUCGCUUGGGAUGGUCAGGAAAUUCCUUGGUAAUUGAUUAUACUUCCUGCUUUUGCUACAAAACAUUGUCACAAGUCAAUCCAUGUAGUUGAUCAUGGUUGAUCCGAAAUAAUCAUAUGGCUGCUUGUCUGUUUCUCCACUUCUUCAAAAUGCAAUUGUAUUUAAUUCCUUGGAAACCUUAUGCUUUUGUAUGUAUUCAGCUCUGAAAUCAUGUUGUCUUUUAAUUCUUUUCAUUUUAGUUC